UGUACAAGGACGAUUAGGAGUCCAUCCACGUGACGCAAUUUGAACACCCUACCUCCCGGACACAUGGUAUAAAAGGUGACGAAUACCUUUAAACGAGUACCCAUUAACACAUCAUGGCUCGACGUAUCUACUUCCAGUGUCUUAUUUCGGUGGCAAUGGUGCUGUUUUUGGUCGCAUUCAGCCAAACAAAUGGAGCGAGUGUGGCUGUAGAUUCGAAGGAGCUUAACUCUGAAACAGGCAGUGAUUCGAUGUCAAACAAUGGCGGACUCGUCGAAGAGAAACUGGAUCCUCGCAGCAGUGGUGGCAAUGAAUAUUCCGGCAGAAGUUACGGAGGAUACAAUUCUGGCUAUGGUGUAACUUCAAAACCCAGUUCAAACUACGGAUCUGCUUAUUCCGGUUCUGCCUAUUCCGGAUCAGGAACGAACGGAAUUUAUAAUACGGGACCUUCUUACCCAUCUGCUUAUGCUGCAGCCAAUCAGGGUACUUACGGCACGGCAUAUGGAUCCGCAAGAUAUGGUGUCGGAUCUUCCUACACAGGACCGUCUUACGGCGUCACUCCUUCUUACGGCGUCACUCCUUCUUACGGCGUCACUCCUUCUUACGGCGUCACUCCUUCUUACGGCGUCACUCCUUCUUACGGCGUCACUCCUUCUUACGGCGUCACUCCUUCUUACGGCGUCACUCCUUCUUACGGCGUCACUCCUUCUUACGGCGUCACUCCUUCUUACGGAUACGGAUCUGGAUUCUCCUACAACGUUCCCACUUAUGGUGUACAACCAUCAUAUGGCAACAACGUAGGAUCCUCAUUCGGCAACUAUGGCGUCUUUCCUCAUUCCACCUAUGGUAACAACAUGAACCUGCCCGGCUCUUCCUACGGAAACGGCUACAGUGGAUCGAAUUACGGAUCUGGAAGCUACGGUAUGAACACUGCAUCAUACGGUGGAAUUGGUUAUGGCGCUACAUCGUCCCCCUACUCGUCAUACGCCAGUCAAAUGGGUUCAUCUUCGCCGUAUGGUGGAAACUUCGGUGGCUCGUCUUACGCGAACUACGGCGGCAACACCUACGGAGGAAUGAUGAGUGGAACUUACGGCAUGGGUCAGGCACUCAAUUCUUAUUCGUCCAUGAAUGGCGCAUACAAUCGGAAUCCUUUUGGCUAUGGCAACAAUGUAGUCUACUAAAUUCAUCAUGGCUUCGGUUCAUGUUAAAUAGUACGAUUUGUUAACGCAAAUGAAUAGUCUACAGUCUAAAAAUACAUUGUUCACUAAAAA